UACGGAACAAGCCGCGUUAUUUCAGCUCGACGCAGGCCGACGCCGUGUGGAUCAACAGGGACAGCGGUUAGCUAGCAGACGGGCCAACUUUCCGGUCCAUGAGACUAUAAUUAAUUCUCCAAGCGACGUGUCCUGGUUCGGUUUACCCGGGAGGCGAAAGGCUACAAAAAUAACGGCUACGGUUUAGCCUCUCCUGCCGUUAUUCGCGCGCACGUAUUUAAAGAGAAGUUAUCUCGGGAUAAAUUAGCCAGAUUAGGCACGGAGUUGGUCGCAGAGCUCCUUGUUUCGUGUCCAGAUUCGGCGCCGAGCACGGUUUGACGGUUCCACGGACCAUGGUUCUCCUGAAAAACAUCCACCCUCCCACCGAGGGAGUGCGACACGAGCAAGCCGACACCACGGCGGUGCUGGACGGCCAGAGGCUGGGCUGCGGCACGCUGUACGUCGCCGAAACGCGCUUGUCGUGGUUUGAUGGAUCAGGGUUGGGUUUCUCUCUGGAAUAUCCCUCCAUCGGGCUGCAUGCCAUCUCCAGGGAUGUGAGUGCGUACCCCCAGGAACAUCUGUACGUCAUGGUGAACGGAAAACUCAACGAGGAGAAUGAGGCAGAAAUGGCCGAGAAGGAAGCAGGUGAUGAGGAGGAUGACGGCAGCAGCAGCGGAGGGGACGACGACGACGACGACGAAGGGGUGAUCUCAGAGAUUCGGUUUGUGCCGACCGACAAGACGUCAUUGGAGUCCAUGUUCUCAGCCAUGUGUGAAUGCCAGGCCCUUCAUCCCGACCCGGACGAUGAAGACUCUGACAACGACUUUGAGGGAGAGGAGUAUGACGUGGAAGAGGCUGAGGCAGAGCACGGCCAUGCUGACAUCCCGACCUUCUACACGUGUGACGAGGGUUUGUCGGCGCUGACGCAGGAAGGCCAGGCCACGCUGGAGAGGCUGGAAGGGAUGCUGGCCCAGUCCGUGGCUCAGCAGUACCACAUGGCCGGAGUGAGGACCGAAGAAGCAAAGCCGGAGUUUGAAGACGGGAUGGAGGUGGAUGCUGCAGCCAUGGAGGCCGGUCAGUUUGAGGACGCAGACGUCGAGCACUAGAUGAAGUCGUGUCAACAUCCAAACAAAGCACCAGUGGGACCAGAGGAGGAGACGGCAGCACUUAUUCACGGCUUUCUGCUCGGACCCACACCGUCUUCCUGUUUCAGGAGUUUUCUCUUCUCCUCCGUGUGCUGAAACUCUUCUUAGUGGCCCUUCUUGCUUCGGCUCAUGUGCGUCUUGUGUUAAAGCUCGCUGGUAGCAGCAUGUUGAUGCUUUUUUAUGGUUCUGUCAUCAAGCUGCUGUCAUCCGGUGAGUUACUAAUGAACAGUCGGCUGCUGGGAUGCUGCCAGGAAACACUCAGAUCCUGUUGACUGUAUUAAAACGUCUUGUUUUGUUCCUAAAAGCUAAUUUACUAGAUUUUUUUUUUUUCUCCGUAGACGUCUUUGUAAGAAAUUAAUAAAAUAAUUUUGUAUCUUUUGUUCUGAGUUUGAUUUUGUUGUUGAUAUUCCGUUAACUUAAAUGUUAAAGAUUAAAAUCAAAUACAAACUCACAGCAUGAUGCUUCCACCACCGUGUCCUCCUCACAGGAAGGUUUUUUAUUUUUUUUAUUUUAGGGUGACGUGCCGAGUUAGAUUUCCACCUUAUCGUGUUGCAUGGUAGGUGUGGCCCCGAACUGGAUUAUGGCUUCUCAGUAAAAUUCAGAGUUCUAGCCUGUGCCCCUAAUUGGCCUUUCUGCAAUUCCUCUCAACAGUCUUAAAGGUAUUUAUCUCAAUUUUAGGAUUUAAAAUGUAAAAUAUGUCCAGAUGUUUGGUCUUAUGAUGUAUCUAGUUACGUUCUAAAUGUCGGUUUUUCCCAAUAAACCAGUUUUUGUUCCUGAAA